CUCAAGUGCUACCACGAUAUGGUAGUACUAAGAGUACCUCUUCACCUCCCACCUGGCAUUUACCCACCGUAUCUGUUCCAAACCAAUAUACUGGCCGACCGACAGCUCAUAGCUACCCAAGCUGGUGUCUUGGAGAAGGGGAGGGCAGGAGCGACCGUCGCUCAGCUGAAUGGGUCAAAUGUACACAUGUCGAGCCAUCACUUCAAGGCUGAUCAGCAAACAGGGACCUCUGACAUGGUUAGUUGUUUGCCUUCGACCUAAAUUAGGAUGAGCUGCAGCAUAACAUCCCUAUGAUAGGCCAAAGGAUUGCUACGUGCUAAGAGUCUCUAUCGAGGCUACGAACUCCCCAGAUCUCUCUCGGCAACCAGCCACUGGAGUUCCCUGCCAACGCUCCUGGUCACCUUUCCUCCAGCACUUCACACAGAACUGAUACUCAACGACUGCAGGCCUUUUCAGUGAUUACUG